GCGGCGGGUGUGUCGAAUCCACGAGCCGCGCCAGAGACGGGGCCGCCGCCGGUAUAAAAGGCCCGCCGGCUCGGAUGGGCGCCGUCACAGACCACACAGCUCCACAGCAGCGCCAGGAUGGCAGCCUUUAAGAAGAUGUUGGCAGCAGCAGUUAUGGCCGCAGUGUGCUUGCACGCAAGCGCAGGCGGGCACGGCGGGGGCGGUGGCGGUGGCGGCCACGGCGGUGGUGGAGGCGGCGGAGGAUACUUAGGCCCCGGCGGUCACGCGCACUCGUUCGCCUACUUCCACGGCCCCGUGGAGGGCGGUCACCACGAGAUCGUCGUGGACGGAGGCGACGGCGGCGGCGGUGGCGGCGGUCACGGGGGCGGCCACGGUGGUCACGGACACGGCGGGCACCACCACACCCACACCGGCGGGAAGUACGUCGACUACGUGGCUCAUCCUCGGUAUGAGUACGCAUACGGUGUAGCUGACGGCCACUCAGGGGAUCACCACAGCCAGAAGGAAUCCCGAGAUGGAGACAAAGUCGUUGGAGAGUACACGAUUAAGGAACCCGGCGGCAACGUGCGCACAGUGAAGUACCACUCCGACAAGAAGGGCGGUUUCUUCGCCGAGGUCCAUAACAGCGGCGGAAACGACCACUCCGGAGGCACCUACGGAGGCUACAGCCACGGAGGACACGGAGGCGGCGGCGGCGGCGGCCACGGAGGCGGACAUGGGCACUAGUAAUACGACUCGGCGGAACCACUACAAUACAAGCUCAGCUUAAGCUUUUUGUAUU